AUGACAAAGGACGAUAGAACCAAAAAAGCAGAACCUGCCUCACGGAUAAUAUCCUUUAGUAAUCUAAUAUAUGGGCCUCCAAAUAACCACGUCACUGGUACAAGGUAUGAAGAAGGUAACGGGAAUGGAACUAAAGGACCAUUGGGGAAUGGGUAUGAAUUGUUUGGGUUUCGUCGGUUUGCAAAGAAUUAUUUGUUGUGUAAGAAACCAAGUAGUAUCAAUGAAGAGAAGAUGAGUGUGAAUAAUGCAGAAGCAAAUUUAAUUACUGUAAGGGGCGAAAUAAGUGAUUGUUUUAAAUUAUAUGAACAAGAACGUGAGAGAGAGUCGCAAAGUGAUUUGGAGGGAGUUCCUGAAUUGUUGCAUUAUAGUGUUCCUAUGGGUCAAAUCACAGCUAGUGAAUAUGAACCUAUGACCGAAGAAAGUUUGAACGAUGUGGAUACACAUGAUAAUAGUUUCAAGAGUAAAGAUGGAACAACUGGUGGUGAGUCCCGAGAGAUGGUUGUUGUUAGUAUCACUGGAAUUCCGCCAGGAACUGGCUUAGGUAGUGUGUUGAGCCAGAUGAGUGGCGGCCCAUUGAGAAGAAUUACAUUGCAUACACAAUACAGUUAUAUCUUAGGGCAAGAGCGAAUUAGUGGGAUUGAUUUAAAGUACUUCAAAGAGAAAGAUGCUCGAGGGUUUAUGAGGCUAGGUAGCAGUAACUUAUUUAGAGUAAAUGGCUUACAUUUGAGACCAGAAUUACAUGGGGACAGUGACGUAGAAGCUGAUGUAGAUAUUGAUAAGUGUUCAAUUGCACAGAAAAAUAAAAAUGAAGUAACUGAACCAGAAGUAUCAAGAUGUCUACUUUUUAAGCGUUUUGGGAUCAACGAAUGUUUACCCUGUGGAGAAGAUAAAUUGAUGCAUUCUACACACAGUAAUCGUAGUGGUAGUACUGAAGGUCAUAAUAACUGUUGUGAAAGUGUGUGUGGAUUGAAGAAUGAUUUCAAGAAGUACGGAACAAUCCUCGAUGUAACACCAAUUGUAUCACGUAAACUCUGUUUUGCUGUGCAUUUUGCUAAUGUGGCAAGUGCAAUUCGUGCAAUGCAGGCUUUUGAACUCAAGGGUACCGAACUUAACAAGAAGUACUAUAAGCGGUGGGCAAUGUGGUAUGGCAAAGACUUGACAGACAAGCCCAGUAUCGAACUAUAA